AUGCCUAUUGAUAGUCACUCAUCUAAUAGCCUACCACAGACCAAACAGACCACAAUCUCCAAGAAUCGUGGCGGAACACGACCAGGCGCGGGUCGAAAGAAGAAAAACCCGACUUCGACGCUAAUUUCGGUACCGUCUCAGCAGCCCAACCAUUCGACAUCCACAACUCGACCCGCUGCAAUAUUCAAUGCUCGCGUAUCAUCCAUUCCUGUUCCAUCCACUUCACUACCGGCUGCACGUUCUUCAGAAUCUAUGGAAGUUCAAGCUGACCAGCACACUUCGCAAGAUCCGGUCCUUCUCUCUCACGCAAACUGGGAGCAACUUGCGGCGAACAUCGAUUAUGUUGUUGGAAAUGAUGAGAAUGCAGAUAUCGCUGGAAGGGAUACAGUUGUGGAGGAUUCAAUGUUCGGCGCCGAGGAUGAUGUGUCAAUGGAAGAAAGUGCCCAAAUUGCUGAACGCGAAGCGGAGGCCAGCCAAGCCAAAGCAUACUCAGCCAUGGGUAUUUACCUUGAACAGGUACUCAACAACGUUCGACAAGAAAUACAGAAACACAACAUGCCCAGGUGCUACCAGCACGGUGACUUCUGGAUCCGUCCUCGACACCCCAUCUUUUCACUGCAACACGGCGCCAUCAAAACGGAGUUUACUCCAACACUCCUAUAUCAAAAGGAUGUGUUCGUAUGGCUUCCUAGUUUUCUGCCUGGUGCUCCCGAUCGAUUUAUAUGCAGUUGCGGCCGGUAUUUGUCGCGACAUGGCUACAAUGAGAACCCGAUAGCGAGAAGAGUGUCAAGUGCGCCAACAGACUAUUAUCUACUCACCAACCGAUAUUUUUGUGACUGGCGACGGAGAGAUACGACAUCCGAAGGCUGUGGUCAGACGUACCAGGGCACUGACCCGUUAAUUAUUGGACAGUUGCCUCGCCAUGUUCAGGAGGCUUUUCCUUGCUAUCUCUCGCAUCGUGGCGCUGUUGACAAGGAUGUGAUGAACGAGCUCCGCUGCACAAUAGCUACGCGGUUUGGGCCAGAACCGUUUGCGCGAAUGCAGCAGGAACUACAGACCAUUUAUCACAGCCGACUAGAACUCAUGUAUCUGGCCGCUGCUCAACAAUAUGGAAAGAGAGAUGUUCAGCCUUUCUCGUCCUUCAAUGAUCCACUGGGAUAUAACGGUGCAUCACAUUCCACCCAUUAUUUCAAGUCCAUGUUCACCGAGUGGUAUGCAGCACAUCGCAUAUACCUCGAUCGGGUUCAGGCAUCACUUCCACUUACUAUUGCUAAAGCCGAUCAUACAUUCAAAGUUAUGAUACAUAUGGCCAAGAUCAAGGGGGAGCCAAUGCACCGAGCGCUAUAUACUAUUGUCAAUGAAUGGGAACAAGUCCGGGGUCGAGCAGCAUGCUUAACGAAGAGUUUAUCGUAUGUUGAUGAGCAUUGGACAAGUAUCGAACAAGGUCUUAGAGAGCAUGGUCAUCCAACUACGGAGUUUGUCUGGACAGAUGCUCCAAAAGUUGAACAGGCAUAUCACGAGUCAAUCACAAAGUCGCUCCGAAAAAAUGUUCAGCACCCGGAAAUUGAUAAAUGGAGGAAUCUUUUAACCUUCCAAUCAUCAGUUUUGGUGCCUCCAUUUCUUUGUGAUUCAUAUGAUUCCAUUGACAUUGCCUGUGACAAUGUACUCACCUCUCUCGAGCCAGCAAGCUUAGACAAGCUCAUCUUGGUUCUUGAUUCAAAAUCUGAGACAGAACUUGUUGGUGUUGGAGGACCUGAAGGAGUGCCACGAGUGCGAGGUAGUCGAAUUGACCUACUUCAAGUCCGCGUGGGCUCCCAGUCAUAUAUAUUCCGCCUCACCCAGCUCACAGCCUAA